AUGUCUACAUGUAGCAAACUCUAUUCAAUAUUAAAAUCACCUAACAAAUUGAAAAUACCAUCUGUUGACUCUCAUAUGGAUAAGAACCCCAUGGUCCCAGCUAAACGUCAACAUACGGAGGGUAUUCUGUGGCAAUGUUGGGAAUGUGGCAAAUCGUAUGAAACUGGGUUUCGUCUUUCGGAACACCUUCAAAAUUGCAAGAAAGAUGAUGAAAUUUGUGAACGACUACCUGGUUGCCCUUUUUGUCCUCGUGUAAUUAAUCAGUCAAAUGAUGCUCCUUUUCAUAUCCAUUCAUUCAAUACACAUGUACAUAGAUUUCAUCCAGAAAUCAAGUCUUAUAUGUGCAGCUAUUGUUUGGAUUUAAUUCAUUCGUGCAAAAUUGAAGAUUUGGUAUCUCAUAUCAUCAACGUUCAUAAAAUACCUUGGAGGCCAUCACCAGCUUCUCUAGCACAUUUGCGAGAAAAUCAACUUCCUCAUCGAGUUGUUACUUGUUUAGGAUGUGGAUGGUGCACGUUUGUUUUGCGUGCUAAUAAUGCAGCACAACCACCUACCUCUUUAGAAGCUCAUAUGAAUCGAUGUUCAUUCAGUGGUGGUCAAGUACAUUUAACGCGUUUAUCUGAAGAAACUUGUAUGUCUGCAUUAGAAAAGUAUAAAGUUUUACAAGAAUCAGAGUUUAUUAGUACUACUUUUGCCCAAUCUUUUCCACACGUACGAGGAUUUACCGGUAAUUCUGGAUUAAGUAAUAGUCCAUUUCGUUUUCAUCGUUAUUCUGGUAACACUGCAUCUCGCGCAACGGAUAAUGUUGAUAAAACAUCAAAUACUAUGAACAAUAAAAUUAAUCGUCUCUCUACAGAUGAGAAUAAUAAUAAAUUAUCAAUUAAACAAAAAUCUAAACUAGGUACUGUUUUAGAAAAGUCAGAUUUUCAACAAAAAGAAACAUUUUUUGAUAUUCCAUUGACUAUUCCACCUCCACCUCCAUCAUCACGUACUACUGCUACUGGUCAAAUAAAGAAAAAACCUACUGUUGGUCGUUUAUUUGUAUGUCCAUUAUGUGGUGAUAAUGCAUUGUCUAGUUUACGUGAACGUGAUGAACAUUUACAAUCUUCACAUAAUGGUGAACUUGUUUUCCCCUGUCAGAUUUGCGGAAUGGCCUAUCCUCUUUACAUUGCCCUACGUCGACAUGCUGCACUUCAACAUGAUUCUGACUUUGAUACAGUUCGUUAUGGUCCAUCAGAUCUAUUGGAAUGUGAACCAAUUGAAUGUCCAGAAUGUCAUCUUGUAGCUUUUCAAGAUUCAAUUGUAUUAAAACUUCACAUUAAUCGAGUACAUAAGAAAUUACAACAAAAUGUAACACUUACAUCUAAUGAUUCUCAUCCAGUUGAAGAUUUAGAAGUAUCUUCAAAACUGCCGAAAAUCAGCAAGACCAAAGCUACUAAUCCUUCAAUUCAAAAAAAGACUUCAUUAAAAACUGCUCGCCGUCGAGAUACUACUGCGACUACUACAGUAAAUCGUUCACGAACUCAAUCGAAAAUUAGUAAACCUAAAGUUAAACAUAAAUUAUCUAUUAUUGGUGGUGAAUCAGAAAUUCUCACUGAUAAUAAUAAUAAUCAUCCCAAUCGAUCAUCAUUAAAUGAUGUAUUAUUACAAGAUACUAAUAGUAGUGAAUUUGAACGUAUGUUAAGCUCAAUCGAUGGUAAAUCUGCUCCAGCUUCUUGUCGAUAUUGUCAUAUUGAAGUGGAUAAUUUAAAAGAAUUACAUCUUCAUUUGGAAUUAGAACAUUUAAAUCCUGAUAACGAUAUUGAACAACUUGGUUGUCAAGCAUGUGGUCGAGUUUUCUUUGGUUCAGGUGGACGAAUUGAUUUAAUUGGACAUUUACGUACACUUCAUCAAGAUGAUUUUCUUCAAAAUGUUUUAAAAUGUCCACGUGCUGAAAAAUUAGGACAAGAUAUUACUACAAUUAAUACUACUAAUAAUGAUGGUAAUGAUAAUACAUGUCAUGAAUCUAUUAAAUCAUGUAAAGCACAUUUCUCUUCACCACGUCUACGUCAAUUACAUAUAUCUAUGUUGAAUAAUAAUAAUAGUAAUACAUUAUCAAAUACAGAAUUUUCAUGUCCUAUUCUAUUUAAUGAAAAACAAUAUUUAACAGAUCAAAUUAAAAAUUUAAUUUUACAAACAGAAAUUGCAGCAGAUCAAAGUGGUAUUAUGAUAUUAGCAUUUUGUUGUCCUAAUUGUUCACGUUUAUUUGUUGGAGAUAAUGUGCAUACUAGAUUUGAAUCACAUCGUAGUACAUGUGAAGCGGCAGCAACAACAACAAGUGAUAAUAUGGAAGAGUCAAUACAUCCUAUAGAAUCAGAUCAAAGUGUUGUUUCUAGUCCAAAUAGUACUGAAGCUUCUGAUUUACCUUGUUCCAAUGUUGAUUUACCUUUAGAAUUUUUAGAAACUAUGAAAACACCAAAUGAUAAAUGUGUUGUUACUGAAAGUCAAACUACAUAAAGAAUAAAAAGUAUGUGUGUGUGUGCAUGUCUGUCUGUUUGUAUUUUCCUCUUUUGUACUUCUCCUUCAAAGAUAUUGAUGUAUAUUUUCUCAUACCUAUCUAUCUAUAUAUUUGUUAUCAUUAUUAAUACUAUGAAUUCUUUAUUGGUAUUUAAAUAUUAUUACAAUGAUCAUUUUCACUAUAAUCAUUAUUAUAAUCACAUGUCUUGUCCGUAUACUUUGUCAUUUACCCACCAUCCUUGAUGUUUAUUAAGGAGGAAAAAAGAACUAGGCGAACAAAAUCUACAUUACUCCUCUCUUUGUACAAUUCCUUAUAUUAUGAUAUAUAUAUUUGUGUAUAAUAUUUCUAAAAUAAGAUUAUAUUAUCGUA